UGUAAAGGCAAGGGCUUCAGCUGCUCUCCUCUGCUCAUGCUGGCACCUGACCAGUCCCCUUGCUCUCCCUCUUGGCCGAAGGAGAUGAUGGCCAUUCAGCAUCAGCAACACACAACUGAAGCUUCGAGCGACCCGGGCAGAUGCCUCUGGAAUUGCAAACUGGCGCCAAAAAACGGACUUGGAAAGUGAGGCACCCUGUGUUGACUCACUGGCCGCUGACAACGGAUUCGGAAUCUGGAAGUCCCCAUAAUGAGCUGUCCCUGGAGUACCCUGCUGGCCUUAGUCCCCUUCCUUCUCCUGUGUAAAUGGUCACACUGCACUACAGGUUGUGAUGGUCUAACCUGUGUCACUGACUACUUGGAGCACAUAACAUGCACCUGGAAAGUUCCAGUCCCACUUGAGCCUCAAGUUUCAUACCAUCUUACUGCAGCAUCGAUGGAUGAGGAGAUUUCGUGUAUUCUGGAUCAGAUUCCCUGUUCUGAUGGCGAUAAUGGUCUGACUGAGUACAAGUGUAAACUCUAUGAAAAAGAUGGAAUCACAGUGGAUAAUUACAACAUGAGCAUAAAAGCAAAACACAGAGGAGAUGAAAAGUACAUUGAAAUAUGUCCUUACUUUGAUAUAACGCAAAACAUAAAACCUCUUCCACCAUUCAAUCUGAAUGUUUCGUAUGUCUCUCCGUGUGAAUUGUACAACUUCACCUGGCAAAUAGCCUAUGAUGAGAUGGAUUACUUAGAUGAUUUUGAAUACGAGUUGAGGUACAAGAGGAAAGAAGAUAGCUGGGAGCAACAGAAAGUCAAGCGUAUCAGAAAUAACCAGAGAGUUUUCGCACUAGUGGCCUCCGAGUUAGAUUCGAGCACAGAGCAUUCAGCACAGAUCCGCAGUCGCCCUGCAGAAAACUCUGAUUACACAGGGACCUGGAGUGAUUGGAGCCCUAAAGUGAAGUGGAAGACAGCACAGUGCAAGACACCUCUUCAGGUACAGUGGCUUCCAAUCAUCUGUGGCCUCAUCCCUACAAUGGUUCUUCUUGUGGCAGUGCUGAAGUUUAAUGUACCUCAAAGACUGUGGAAGACAGUGUGGGUAAUGCCUCCCAAUCCAGCUCCAUUCUUUCAACCACUGUUUAAGGAUCAUGGAGGAAAUUUCACGAGCUGGGUUAAUGCUCCACGUCAAGAUGCAUUUUAUGAAGUCAAUGAGAAAAAUGUAAUGGUCCUGGAAAAGGGGGACAGUGUUCAGGUAUACACUGAACCUGUUGCUCUUGAGAAACCAUUGAAAAUGGGAUUGAAAACAUGGGACAAACAGUCUGAAAUUCAUUCCUCAUGGCAGGCCUUAUGUGGCCCAAGUCCCUGCCAUUCAUCGCAGUCUCGGGGCCAAUUUGGAAACAACAUGCAACGAUGGAAGGAUAAAUCCUAUGGACAGGUAUCUAUCAACACUGUCACAGUAACUGACGAGGUUGCAUCUUGUUGUUCUCAAUGCAGUUACAAAUGCAAGUCAACCAGACUACCCUACUUGACCCAAUGUAAUAGUAAUUCUACUGUAGACAAUUCAAAUGAGCAGGAUUAUCCUACCAGCAACCAACAAUUCCACCAUUUGCUCCCAGUUACAUCAGAAACAUCUCAACAUUGUGACAAUGCACCACUAAACACCAUGAUGCCCCUGUUACAAUACGCUUGUGCCCAUGAGGAGAAAAGUGAAGAUACUUUGGAUCUUCAGUGCCUCAACAUGACUGACUGGGGACAAGAAAAUGAACCUUUUUCUUUGAAUGAUGGGGAAGAUGUCUCUUGGAAUGACAGAAAUAUAGGUGAAGGUGGUUCUUGGAGUGAUGGAAGUCUUGAUACUCUCUCAGCAUGUAGCAGACUUGAACCAGACCUUGGUUAUCCAAAGAUAUCACUGGAUUUAGAUACUGUUGACAGUGGAUUCACUGAGACUGACACUGAUUCUAUGACAGCCGUAGAUUCUGGAUAUAAGACUAACAUAAAUAUGGUUGGAAUAAUCAACGCAGAGCACAAGCAAGAGCUGGACAAUAAUAGUCCUGUUAAUUCAGAGCAGGAAGAGCAGUAUUACGGGAGCUAUGUGAAGCAGUGGGCCAAGUCCACUUCUACAUAGAUGUUCCAAUGGCCAGAUAGUCAUUUCUGUAGUGGAGUAACUAUGAAACUGACUGUUUAACCUGCGACACACCCUCCAAAUACCAGACCCCUGACGUAUCACCACCACCCCUCCUCCAUCCUGUCCUGUACUCGACAACCCCUCACCCUCCCAGGACUCGACAACCCCUAAUCUUUGCCUGGGAACACAUUGUUCUCUAUUCCUGGGACCUGAAGUCAAUUGCCACUAGAACUGAUACACUCCUUGACCCAAGAUCCAAGACCUCCUUUACCCUCCCAGGACCCAACAACCCCCCUUCCCCCUCCCCCAUCCCAGGACACUCUCAUUUCUGGUUGGGAUGUGACACCCUCCCCGCCAUCGCCAAACCCAACUCCUAUCCACUCCUUCAGCCACCUGAAACCUCCUUUUCCACUUUCCCUUCACAAAACCCCUUUCCCCCACCACACUCUCCAAACACUGGACCUGGAUCCAUAUCCCACCCUUGCCAUCACCUCCCCACCCCCAUCCCAGACUUGAAAUUACUCCUCUCCCCUCAGAAACAAAAGUCUCUACAACUAUACCCUCCAUCCUCUCUCCUGCUGCCAGACCCCCUCCCUUUUGACUAUGUCCGUCCAGGAUCUAAAAUACCACUCCCACACUCCCCCAGGACACGAUACUUCGAUGACUCUAAGAGACCUCACUUCCCAUCUCUGCCCCGUGACAGGAUCCUGUAGCUCCUGCCCACCCCAAUCUACCCUAAACACUUCAUUACUUACCCGACCCCUUCAAACCUUGUGUUCUGGCAUCCUACAUAUUUGACAACCAACACUCCUGGCAACCUUCCUACCAGCUCUCAGCCCUUCAGCAACCCAAAAUCACAUUUAUCUAAUAUACUGACUCUUUCAUAGGAGAGUCAAAGUGGCUGUCUCUGUUGCUAAACUAUUAAAUCAUGAUAAUUGACUGCUGUGACUCCUUUGCCUUCCCGCAAAUAUCUUGCACUGUGAGGAAUCCAUAAGAUUGAAAGUACAGCUCAAGUGAAAGCAAAAUAUUGUGGAUACUGUAACUCACAUCCUUCUUUUUUCCUCAAGUUAGAGAUUUCCCCCAUUAUGGUUGAGGAGGCCCUCAACUGUGUCCAACCCAUCUCCCGCAUGUCUGCCUUCACCUUUUCCCUUGCCUUCUGCCCAGAACAACAUGUUGUCACGUUCCUCUCCACCAAUUCCUGCAUUCAACGAAUAAUCCUUAGCCAUUUCCAUCACCUCCAGCAAGAUGCCAUCACCAAAAGCAUCUUCUCCUACCAUCCAUUGUGAGCAUGCUGCUGCCAUAGUUCCAUCUGUUACACCCUAGUCCACUCCUCCAUCACUCAUAAUGCUUCCUUACUCACCCAUGGCAUCUUCCCAUGCAAUCACAAAAGGUGUAACACUCUCCCAUUCAUUUCCUUCCUCCUCAUCGUCUUUUCAUUUCAUGCUAGCUGAGAUGAGAUAAAGCAUGUUUUGAAAACCAACGAUGGCAAGUGUGUCUGUAGUGCUGAAAGCAAGUAACCGAAUACCUUUGCAAAUAUCAUAAACAACUGAACAGGCCGUGAUUGGAGUCUGAGUUUCAAAUGAUUUCAGGACAAAGCAGUGUAUAGAUGUGGCUUUUGCUUGCAAGAAACUGUUGAUUCGUCCAUAACAAAGACUCUUUAGCCUGCUCACAGCUGUGUGAUUGGUUCUCAGGUAACUGAACUGCUUGGAGCUAGGAACAAGUUACAGAUGGAGUGAGAGAAGUGUUCAGUUCUUCCUCAGCUCAGCAGCAGUCUCUCUAUUUUAUGCAAUUGAAUUUCAAUGUAAACUUGAUGAAAACUACUUUAUCUUUCCUGCAAUAGUUCUUGGAAGCUGUACCUUUUAAUUGAUAAGUCAGAGACUUUUUUUAUGCGUGAACCAGUCACUUUAUGCUCCUUACUAUCAAGUUGAAGCAACCAGAAGAAGAUCACUGAAGUAAAGUCCUGGCCAAUAAAAACAGUCAUAAAGAUCAUCUCUAAAACAGCAUCUGGGGACAAAGACUAAGUAAUUGUCUUUCCAGAUUUUCCCUUCUGUCCAUAACCUACUUCACCAUGUAUGUGUUUAUGUAAGGGGAGUUUAUAAGGGGAUUACAGGAUUGCUAAGGAGCAGAAAGAGGGCAUUCAACCCAUCAUGCUCACACCAGUUCUUCAAACAAUCAUCUGUUAUUUCCCCAUAUUCAUGCAUGUUAUUUCUAUUCAAAUAAUCAUCCAAUGCUUUCUUGAAUGGCUCAAUUAAAAUUGCCUCCACCACAUUUCCAAGCCAACAUUCCAUACACUAACUAUUCACUGUGUGAAAAAAUUCUCUAAUUUUCCUUGCCUUUUUGGAUCACUUCAAAUCUGUGCCCUCUCCUUUUUCUUUUUAACUGUGGAAACAGUUUCCUCCUAUCUACUCUAUCCAGCCUGUUAAUGAUGUUGAAAACCUCCAUCACAUUUCCUCUUAGCUGUCUUUUCUCCAAGGAAAGCAGUCCUAACUUCUUCAAACAACCAUCAUAACCGAAGUUAUUCAUUCCUGGAACCAUUCUUGCAAAUGGUUUCUGCACUCUCUUGAAUUCAUUCACAUCUUUCCUAUAAUGUGGCUCCCACAAUUAUACACAGUACUCCAGCUGUGGUCUAACAAGUAUCUUAUACAAGUUAAAAAUUACUUGUUUAACUUGAACAUUGCCUUGCCCAAUAACCUCUUAAGUGGAAUUUUAUCAAAACUUUCUGCAAAUUUAAAUGCACCACAUUCAUUGUUUCUCCCUUAUUUAUUCUGGGGGUCAAUAUAGUUCAUUUAGCUAGUUGCAAUGCAAAGUGACACCAACAGCAUGGGUUGAAUUCCUGUACCAGCUGAGGUUAUCAUGAACGAUUCACCUUCCCAAUUUUCAUAUUAAACCACCACCAGUCUUCUUUCUCUAAUAAGAGAGCAGCCCUAUGUUCUAGUAAGACGAUGGUGACUUUACCUGUACUACUCAUUAGGUCCUCAGAAAACACAUGUAGGUUUGUAAAAUAUGGUUUCCAUUUCAUGAAUCCAUGUGGACUUCCUGUAAUCCCAUUGGUGCUUUCUUGGUGUCCUGAUAUCACAUCCUUAAUAAACUACAGUACUUUCUUCACUACCAAUGCUAGGUUAACCAGUUUUAAUGCCUAUUUUUCUGCCUCCCUCCUAGAGGAGACCACAUUUUUUAUUUUUCGGACUAUGGAUCGAAAAUGAGUGAAAAAUGGACCAGGCUUUAGAAAGGAAAGCAUAAGGGACUUGGAGCUUUGAGAGAAAAAACAGUGAAUUUAACUGGUGCAUAUAAAAUAAUCUUACUUUUUAAGGUCAUUUCAUCCAGGAAAUAAAGCACCAUUUGCCAUGAUUUGCAGAGAUCAGAAUAGCAACAAGUCCCUCAUUGGUGAGGUUGCACUUGAACACAAGAAAAUGCUUGUGUUUUAACAAGCAGUUGAUCAGAUGCAAAAUUAGAUUAACAAAUCAAGCAGCAAUGAUUUUGCACCACUCAGUCCUCUGAUCUAGUGCAUAUGUUUAACACAAGAUGAGGUUAAAUUUUCCCGUGUUCAAACUUGAGAAUACUGGGGAAAUGUAAAGACUGAUGGCAUGCAGGCAACUUAAAUAUUUUGAGACCUCUUGCUGCACAAUUGAUGUCUGAUGUGUUCUGGGUUUUGAAAUUAAGGCUUUAAUUAUUAAAUUUUGGUUAUUCUGAAAGCUUGAGCGCCAGUACAGCCCUUUAAGCUGCAUUAUUUCACUAAGCAUCAUCCAUUGAGUUGAGCGACAAAAUAUCCAUGCUUGCAAUUGAUGAAUAAAUUUGCUAAAGGU